AUGUGGAUGGCCUAUCCAUUCACAGCAAUUGUGCUGUGCCAGGACGAGAACAUUCCAGAUGGCUGGGGAUGCCUUUCUCCCCAUCUUUUGGACAAAGUUAAACAGAUAUUCGAUAACAGAUUUGCAGACAGUACAGGUGAUAUGAUGAGAAGUGUGCGGUGUGUUAACCGCCAUUGGUGCAAAUGGGCCUCGGAGGCAGCACACACCCUGUCGUCAUGGACAAGGAGGGGAAUGCCCCUGGAACAGAGGAUUGACACAAUCGCCGCCAAAUUCAAAAAUGUCAAAAGCAUCGACUUGAGUGGAUGCUGGGACGUCACUACCGAUCUCACACUCAGCCAUCUGUCCAGGCUGCCGCACUUGACAGACCUUGACCUGCACUGCUGCUACCAGAUAACGAAUGUUGGCCUAGGGUGUUGCCAUAGUCUGCCAGAUCUGAAGAAGUUGAACUUGGAGGGGUGUGGGAACAUAACAAGCGAGGGCCUGCACAGUUUGAGGGACCUCCGCUCCCUGAUGUCACUCAAUUUGAUGGGGAGGGGGAUACGCGAUGUUGGUUUGGGGCACUUAACAGGGCUGACCUCCCUGACAGAGCUUGACCUGAGUGGGUGCGUUAUGGUCACUGAUCGUGGGUUGAGUUUUCUGAGUGGCCUGACUAACAUCGCCGCACUCGAUGUCUCCUUCUGCCACGUCACUGAUGAGGGCCUGCAGUCCUUGGCAGGCCUCGUCGCCAUGACUGGCCUUCACCUGAUGGGAUGCCGGGAAAUUACAGAUUCAGGCCUUGGGCACAUCGCAUGUCUCGUGCGCCUGACCGAGCUUGAUCUGAGGUGCUGUGGGCGAAUCACAGACGAUGGGGUGAAGCACCUUGUAUCUCUCACGGCCCUCCAAGUCCUGCGGCUUGGUAGAUGCGAACAGCUCUCUACUGAUGGCCUCCGGUCUGUAGGGACCCUUGUAACACUAAGAAGUCUUCAGCUGGGCGGGUGCAGGCGCACGACAGACGAAGGCUUGGAACAGCUUCUUGGCUUAAAGCAUCUGAGGCACUUGGAUCUGACCUCAUGUGUCCGUGUCACAAACCGUGGACUGAAGUGCCUUGGUCGCAUGACCUGCCUUACCUGUGUGGACGUUUCCGGCUGUGGAAAGGUCACGGAAGAUGGAUUGAGAUCGUUGAAAGAUCGCAGGGUUUUUUUCAGGGAUUACUGGGAAUAG